UAAAGGAGUUUUUUUUAAGUAAAAAAAAUUCACUAUAAAAUUCUGAAACUUUAAAAUAAUAUAUAUUACAGUACAUGGGUUUAUAUUAUAUAAAUAGUAGGUACUUAUUUGAUAUGUUUAAUACAUUUUGUUUUGACAUUGACUCAAUACCAAUAUUUACCGAUAUUUUUGUGGACCAACUUUGUAUGUCGAGUAAAGAAAGAAUAACAAUCAAAUUCGUUAUACUAUAAUAAUAUGUAUUAUUAUGGUGUGUUUCAUUGCAGUAUAUUUGAAUUAUAUUAUGUUUUCCGUCAAAAUAUACUGCAGCGUUGCUAUAGCUAAAAUGUACACUACCGUUUGUCAUCGCAUUGAUCCAACAAAUAUUUUGGUACCUAUAUCAAACGUGACUCGAUACUUGUUACUUGUUGUAAUACAUAUUUUGAAUUUACAAAAGCUAUCGUGAAUAUAAUAUAGUAUUAUAGUAGAUUUUGUGUUACGAUGAGCAAAUUCCAGGAGAAUAUUAAACACUUGAUCCCAAGACCAAAAACACCCGUCGUCAAACCGCCGAUGUACCGCUCGAUUUAUACUGAGUCUGUGAGGAGGACGUACAAGUCAAACAAUAACUGUCAUAAAACUAUGGGCUAUGCCGAAGUUGAGCUCGAUCCACCGUCACAGUUUCUAAAAAAACACACCAGAAAAGAGAUGAAACCAUUUGUCGAAAUAAAUAAAACCAAAUGCUGUGCUAGAAAAUCGAUUCAGCGACCGUGCGACGGCGCACCGACAAAUGCUUCCAAAAAACUGCCAACAAAAACGCGGAAAAACAUUAGGCAAACUAACAUCAUUGACGUUAUAAGGAGGGUGCCACCAUUGCCGAAGCAUCGGGUCCAGGACACGAGGAAUGGACACGUAAUUGUUCUGAACGAGGCCGGCUUGGAGCCCACGUACGUGUCCAAGAAGAAUUAUGGAAAAACACCGGCAUACAUCGUGAAAAUGUACAAGGAAAAAGAAAUGGCCCAACUGAUGGAGACUGAACGAAAACGAGCUGUAAAACUUCCAUUCCGGUAUUUGCCCGAAGGCGAACGUACCGAAAUGUUGAGCGGACUGAAGACAAAUUGGGCUGAACUUCACAAGGAAUUUUUACUGUUGCCAAUGCUCACCGACACGGUACCGAAAAUGAAAAGGAAAACCAUGUUGGAGAAGCAGCUGAACAACUUGGAGAAAGACAUCGACCUGUUAGAGAGGAACCCCUCCAUUUAUGUAUGCCAAGAUGUAUAGGUCUUUGAAAACUUUGAGAAUCGUCUGCGUGUCUAACAAAUAACAUCACUGUUAAAUAUUAUUUUUAUUCUUUAGAUAUCAUAAAAAAUAAGUAGGUAUAACAUUAGUUAACUAAACCUUUUUUUUUUAUAAAAAUCCAAUUUUUCGUUGAUGAUAAUAAUUAAUAACGAUAGCAGUAAUAGAUAUUAGGCAUUUAGUAUAACAAUUACUUCUGAAUAAUAUUGGUUUUAGAUAAUCGUAAUUUUUUUUUUUUUAAUCCAUUAAGGUUAGGGUUAUAGUAAGGUUAGGAUAAAAUCCCAUUAAGAUAAUCAAAGAUGAAAAGUGUGAUAACACAAUAGAAAAUGAAUGGAAUCUAGGUACCUCAUACUAUAAAUAUUGUAUGAUCCUAGGACACGGAGAUUUUCCAGUAAUUGUUUACUCUCUAUAAUGUUUAAAUUAUAUAUGUUUAACAGUAUUGGAAUUAAAUCUAAUGAUAUUUUAAUUGCAUUCAAAAACAGUACCUAUUCUGAGCUCAGCAAGUAAUUAAAAAAUGGUAAAAUAGUUGUUCAAAACUAUGGUAGGUAUAUAGGUACGAAAAUUGUAAAUAUGAUAUUAAUACUGCUUACAUAGGUAGUUUAAAAAUUAAUUUCAGAAUCUAAAUUAUAUAUUAUUAUGCAUUAAACAAUUUAUAAGUACAUUCAUUAUUUAAUAACUAUAUUAUAUAUCUAUCAAAAAUUAACAAUUUUGUUUUUAAACAGCCUUUUAUUUUUUUAUGUUAUUAAAUGUUCGACAUUUCCCUUACAAUUUUUUUAAUAUUUCAGAAGAACUGCACGUGCGGGGAGCUAAUAGGUAGUAGGUACUCAUUAGCGUAAUUCUAUUAAAUUUCAGCAGGUGUGAAACUUUUAUUAGUCCAAUAACCGUAAGGAAAAAUUAAGUCGUAUUUUAAGCCAACGCUUCCAUUGCGUGCACUAACUUUUUAUAUUUGAUUACGAAUAUGCAAAUAUCAAAAUCUGUAUGUUUUAAAUACUGUAUGUCUGUAUAAUAUAUAUAAUUAAUAAUUAUACAUAUAAAAUAUAAAAUAUUUAUAUCAAAUAAAAAAUGUAAUUUUGGUAAAUUUAGUCCAUAGUCA